CUAAGGCAUGGGUGCUCAACCUAUGGCUCUCCAACUAUUUUGGAACUACAAAACUCAUCAUGCCUCUGCCUGUGGGAGUCAUGCUUACAACUGUCAGCCUUGCAAUGCCUCAUGGGACUUGGGAUAGUGGGAUAGUUUCAGACAGCUGGAGGGCCACAGGUUGAGCACACAUGCCCCUAAGCCAGGGGUGGGCAACUGUGGCCCUCCAGCUGCUGUAGAACUGCAAGUUCCAUGAGGCAUUGCAAAACUGAAAGUUACAAACAUGACUCCCAAAGGCAGAGGCAUGAUGGGACUUGUAGUUCACCAACAGCUGGAGGGCCACAGUUGCCUACCUCUGCCCUAAGCAUAUAUUCCCCAUGCAAGCCAAAAUGCUCCCCAAACCAAAAUUCC